UUUGAUUUAUUUUUUUUAAGCAGUAAAAGCCUUCACAUUUGGAGUUCUCCCUUUUUGUUUGUUAGGGCUUUGUUGAUUUUACUUAAUUGUUGUCAUCGAAUUGGCAUGUUUCUAUGCCUAAUGGUUGAAGAGUAUUCUACUGCUGAUUUUUAUUUUAACUUGGAAGAGAUUCCAUUAAGAAUAAUUUGUUCUUGUGUGUAUUGAUUAAAUUAUUUGUUGGUGUCUUAUUUUCCUGUUUUUGGGUGCAUGGGCUUGUGCAAUGCACUAGUUCCCUGAGAAUUGGAUUCGUUUGAAGAGUUUCUUUGUGCUACUCUUGAUGGGUGCGCCAAAACAGAAAUGGACAGCAGAAGAAGAAACGGCCCUAAAAGCUGGAGUUAUCAAACAUGGGGCUGGCAAAUGGCGCACAAUACUUAAAGAUCCUGAAUUUAGUGGUGUCUUGUCUUUGCGAUCAAAUGUGGAUCUCAAGGAUAAAUGGAGAAAUAUGAGUGUAAUGGCAAAUGGGUGGAGCUCCCGGGAGAAGUCUAAGUUAGCUGUCAAAAGGGUUCACCAUGUCCCAAAACAGGAAGAGAACCCUGCAGCUUUCUAUACUGUUGCUCAAAGUGAUGAAGAUAUUUCAGAUACUAAAUCUAUUGUGGUUGCCAAUUCUACAAUGCAGACUGCUGGUCCAAUGAGAACAACUGUAAGGCUGGAUAAUCUUAUACAGGAGGCUAUAACUAGCUUGAAGGAGCCCGGUGGUUCUAAUAAGACAACAAUUGCUGCAUAUAUAGAGGAACAAUACUGGCCACCUCAUGACUUCAGGAGGAUAUUGUCAGCAAAAUUGAAGUAUUUGACAUCAAAUGGCAAGCUGAUUAAGGUUAAACGCAAGUAUAGGAUUGCACCUACUUCAACUUUUUCUGACAGGAGGAGGAAUUCUUCCAUGUUAUUCUUGGAGGGAAGACAGAGGAUAUCUCCUAGAGUUGAGAAGGAUGAUUCCAACAUGCUUACAAAGUCUCAGAUUGAUUCGGAGUUAGCCAAGAUGAGAAAUAUGACUGCACAAGAGGCUGCUGCAGCAGCUGCUCGAGCAGUUGCAGAGGCAGAAGCUGCUAUAGCAGAAGCUGAAGAGGCUACAAGGGAGGCAGAGGCUGCAGAGGCAGAUGCUGAAGCAGCACAAGCAUUUGCAGAAGCUGCUAUGAAGACAUUGAAAUCAAGGACACCACCCAAUAUGAUGAUCCGAGCUUGAUGGAGAUAGUCAAUGAGGAGCAAUGAGACAGUUUGAUUGACACUGAGAUAGAUAUUCAUCGCAUGCUGAUGUUGCACAUCUGUAAAUAUUGAAAGGCAUUUUUUGUAGGGUACACUAUAUUUAGCUGUGGAUUUUGGUGGUUCGCUAGAUUGCAAUUGCAUAGGCAGCUCUCCCUUUUAGACGUUUUCAAAUGGUAAUUUGUUAAUUUCUUUUCCCUUUUCUCUGUAAGUUAUUCUUUGUGGUCAAUCCUUGUUGCCAAUAUGGAUUUUAGAGAAAAGAGUAGCUCGAAUGCAUAAAGAAAUCAGAGCAAAUGAUUCUGAUAGAGAUGUUCGGUUGUAGCAUUCUGAUAAAGGUGUUUGCCUGUAGACCAUUUUACGUUCGUUAGAUCAACAGCUUUGGGGUUAUUGGUUUUGGAAUUUGUUUAGGCAUACAAGCCCUAAUCAGUUUUAGAACAUAAUUAAUGCAUGCACAUGGAGAAGCAUGUGCUUGGAGUACUCAUCUUUGUAGAAAAUGACCUUUGUAAUCAGAUGUAGGAUGGUAGGAGAGAAGUCUUAAUUAUAAUCUUUUCAGGAAUCUUUUUUUUUUUUUUUUUUUGAUAAUAAUAUUCUGCUUGUUAUUCAUCUUUAGGGAAUCAUUGCUGAUGGUUCUAAAUAAAUGAUAUUGUAUUCUUUUGA